AGCAAUGACGUAGUUGCCAGAUGGCCAGUUAGUAUUCGAAGCGGGUGCAGAUCACAGUCUGUCUACACUACGCGAAGUCUCCUUGACGCAUGUUGUACAUAUGCUCGCCGCCUAACUUGUGCGUGUACGGUGUGAGGCAUCGGCUUACUUGUAACAUUUUUCAGUAGUAAAGAUCUGCGGAAACUUCUGAUUAAACCUUUUGACGCAACUGAGUUGCUUCAGGCGAAAUAACGCAACUGCCAUUAUUGUUUUACUUGGAAAGAUGAAUCUCUUUAAAGUGUGCCACAUCAGAAGUUCCUCCUCAGCAAUUUUCGUACGCUCCGCUUUGCAAGUAUGUAUGGAAGAUAUUGUGUAAAUGGGCAACUCUUCGUCACAAUUUGAGAGAUACUGCGUGAAAACGAAACACUCUGUACCAGUUAGCCACAAGAAGCCGACGGUUUCCCUCUUCAGGUGCCCACAUGGUGCAACCGUGGAAGAGUUUUGCUGUCCACGAAUAAGUAGCGCGCCAACAGUUCUUUCGGAACUAUGGACAAUUAAGUUAUGUGAGAGUGAUGAUAGGCGGGCUCCAGGGCUUUAAUGUGAUUUUGCUGGGCAAAGGCUGAAGCUAUAUUAAUUGUUCAAGGGAUCUAAUUAACUGAAAUGUAGGAGCCACCUCGACUGGAUAUCCGUCAAAGCUGUUCGGUUCCAGACGUAAAGUAAGUUUCAGAUCCAUUUUUUUCUCAUGAACUCCGAACACUGUGCUCGCAUGAGCUGAAGACACCUAUACCCGAGCGGGCAGGACUCUGUCGUUUAUAGACCUGUCUUCACUGCGUUUGGAUUUUUGUAUAUACUCGUGAAACAGUUACAUAUCUGCAGCUGGAAAAAAAUUCUUUGAGAAAACAAAAAGAAAAUAAAGAUUCGAACAACCAGCAGCAACCAAUCUGCUCGGUGGUCAGAAUCAGUGAAAUGUCAACUAAUCAACUAUGACCCAAGUCGCCGAGUUCGUCCCCCUUCUGUUUAUCUGUUGCCCAUGCUGAGAGUAACAUCAGUCAGCGGGUAAAUACACCCAGCGCCCUCCCCCGACAUUAAGGUUUAUUUUGGAUCAAUUAAGGCACAGACCACGUUGGAGGACUGGUAUGCUUUUGCGGGCUUAGUUCACGCCAGUUCGACAUUCUAUGAACACCGGGCUCAAGCGCCUCACACGCUGAUAUCGUUAUGCAUUAUUUUGUGCCCGCUGCGCCGUGGACGUUGCCACCUAUUCUUGGAUCGAUACUAUAAAGUAUCCCCCCCAUGCUAUCCUUGCAACGACAGGCAACCUAGACCUCUGAACAAGCACCACCAGGCAGCAGGGAGUAACGUAAGAGGCAAGUGAGUGGGCGCGGGCAAUACCCUGGUUCGGAGUGUCUCUACACCCACCUUCCCGUUAAAGCCAAUCAUCUGUGCCGACACGCGACGUAGCCCGCGUUGAUGUUAGCGUGCAAUUGCAGUGCCUUGAAAAAGAAGACAAGACCACUCAGGCGUGACAACGCAGUUACUGAUCGUCUCUACCCGGCCUCAAUUCUACGCUUAGUGUAACCAUGCCUUGUGUGAACUCCAGUCCAAGUACACCACGUAUUCUGAAUUUGCCAUGGCGUGGGUUGAAACAAAUUCGCCCUGACGUGUGAAGGACGUUUUGCCAAUUAAAAAUACUUGUACAUAAUGUUUUAUUGCUGAUGGAGCUAAAAAAAGUCGAGAUUUCGCAUUCAUAAUGGGAAAAGGUUGACGUCAUCAGACGAUAUAUUACAACAUUUACUACUUACAAAAUUAUUUACAAAAUGACGCCAGCAAACAAUUUUCAUAUUCCCUCGCCCUAAGAAUACCCAUGAUGAGUCAUGGUUCUAGGGAAUUUCCUCCAAGUUAAUAGUCCCUAGCGGUGAACUCGAACAAUGGAUGGUAUUCCGAUGGACAACCUAUCCUCCAACCCGGCGGGGGUUGUGACACAGUCACCAGCACCGGCCCCUACUAUCCUUGAGCUGGACGAAGCACCGCUCGUGGACGUCCCCUCGACCCCCAAGCGGACAGGUUUGAAGGUGCAGUGCGUCUACUAUAUGCGCGUCUUCCUACAGUUCAUGUGUUCCUAUGUGGGCCUGACGGCCAUUCUCGCUGGCUAUCUCGUCUUUGGUGCCUUCGUCUUUCAGGCUAUCGAGGCACCCGUGGAGACCCGAAUGCGGAAAGAAAUGCACGCCGACAAGAAGUUCUUUUUCAUGAAGAUGUACGAUGCCGUGUCUGGGAUGAAGAGAGAGAACUGGACACAGCAGGCACUUCAAGAACUUAACCUACUCCAGAAAGACUUCAUCCAUUUCUAUAAUUACGACUUGGAGGUAGACGGAGAGCACGUACAGAAGUGGUCGUUCGUAGGUUCUAUGUUGUUCUCCCUGACUGUUAUCAGUACUAUCGGUUACGGUCAUAUCGCACCUGUCACCAUACCUGGCCAGAUAUUUUGUAUUCUCUACGCGAUGGGAGGGAUACCCUUGAUGCUGCUGGUGCUAACCAAUGUGGGUCGGGUCCUAGCCAACGUUGCCAGACUGCUCUACAUCAUGUAUACCAGCCGGCUGUGCCAACGAGUACGGAUGAGGUGUCGACAACGCCGGUCGAGGAAAAGGGCUCGCAAAAUGGCACGAAGGAGAGCAAUGGCUCGCAAGGACUCGUCAAGAUCAACUCGCUCCAACCGCAACCGAAGCAACAAGGGCAAGAAGUCUCGACCGGUGAAGAAGACCCCAAGCCAAGCCACCAUCCGCGUGGACACUGAACCGUACCGAGAGGGCCGCCCCAUGUCCGUCAACAUGGAGUUGAUUCGUAGUGAGCCGCCCCUUCCACCGUCUUACGCUGAGUCGAACGAAAUGGAAGACAAAAUAUCUGAUACCCGUGAAAAUGCUGAGAUGUUCUCUGAGGAGGCCAAUAAACCUAAUAUGUCCGAGGCUCCGGGCCCCGUGCACUUUAGUAUUUCACCCACUGAGUCCUUACCAGAGGUGUUUCCCCUGGGGGCCCCUCUGAAACAGCCUAUCGCAGGUAAGGCACCCAAAGCCGACAUGGACGAUGACUUUGAUGACUUAAGCGACCUUGACGAGCCGGAACCAGAAGAAGAGCCCACAAAGCAAAAUGACAAGCAGUCAAUGGAAUUUGGGACAAAGCCUGCUCAAAAUAACAAAUCAGAUUGCAAAGGGAGCAUAUCGUCAACGCCACUGUUGCAACCUUUGCAAAGGGAAGCCACAUGCACAAACAAGGGGCCAGCGUCCUCUGAGGUUGAUUGCGCAAUAACAAUAGAGGAAAGCGGUGAUCAUCAUGAAGAGAAGAGACUGGGUCGUGCUUCUUCCUCGAUCGCUCUGGGAGAACUUUGCGAAAAGCGUCUACCUCCGAGGCAGUUCUCGUGCAUCGAACUACGCCAGAUAGAGGAGCGCAGGUCAAUAUCCUUCAACAUGGAAGGCAUUGCAGAGGAGGAAGACAAUUCCCCAAAAGAGAAUGAUGUUUUCCUAUCCAAGGAAUCGCAAAGUGUGGACGACCUGAACGCAGAGGUCAUUGGUAGUGCCUCUGAUCUCAACAAACGCAAGAAUAGUCGUGGAAAGGGCAAAACGAAGAAGAAAACUAAAAGCAAAUUGAAAAAAGACGGUGAGAAAACGAGCAAGUCUAGGUCUUCAAAACACCGGAAAAACGCAGAGCUAAGAGUUGUCGAGAGAAGGAAAGGUACACCCAAAAAAUUACGGACAAAAAGACCAGUUAUGUCGCCGCCUACGCUAAGAUCGCUUCACUCAAAACAAUUAAAAAUACUGGACAAAGCAACUGCCGUUCGCUUGGCAACGUAUGAUAAGGACUUUGGGAACAGCCGUGAGGACCUCACGACACUUAUUCCCGCCCUCAAACACGAAAAGGUGCGGCUGUUGUGUGAGUACGAUCGCGGUGUCAUUCGUGACCGUGUGCACAAUCCUCGUGGCCAACGCCGCCGCCGAAUGGCAGCAUCAGAAAGUGGAAGCACGCGGAGUCGAAGCAGUAGGGGCGCCCGAAGAAGGAGAAGAAAAGGCCGAGAGUCGGGCAGCACGACUCCUGUGGGCUCGGACCGGACUUCAACAUUCGACAGUGACACAGAAUCCACAGACACGGACGAUCCAGGUGCUGAUCCACUCCAACAGGCUGAAAUCCCCAUCGGCCCAGUCCUGGCUUUUUUCUUUAGCUACGUCGCCCUUGGUGCCGUCACGUUCUUCUUUAUCAUGGACAAGUGGAAUCUCUUCCAGUCUUUCUAUUUCUGUUUCAUCACGCUCACGACGAUAGGUUUCGGAGAUUAUGUUCCUGAUGACAAGCUAAGCAGUUUGCUGGCCUGUUGUCUGUACACGCUCGUCGGCAUGGCCGUCACGUCUAUGUGUAUUGCGCUGAUCAUGAAAAAGUUUGUGGUCACUGUUAAGCACAUUGGGCGCCGGGUUGGAAUCGUCGGAGAAGACGAUUGACAAAGCGCCACAAGCGGUGAGGAGAGUACCCCAUCGCACCAGGACUCCUCUUAGUUAAUUCUCUGCAAAUACUGAAACAUUCAUGCUUGUACUAUGAGUUCCAUAAUGUUAUCGCUGUUGAAAGCAUAUAGAUAGAAGCUAAACGUCCACUGUGGUGUAAGUCAGUAUUUAUGGGUGAGCGGUGAAUGACCGAUUUUAUUAAAAGAAGCCUCAAACUUAGUAUAUACCUUUGCGCGAAAGCAGUAGUUUUUACAUCUUUUGGUAGUGCGCAAACACGCUUUCAGAAAAGAUAUAACGGUACUCCCUAUUUGCACGGAGAGUUGACUGUCUCAUAUCCGUGACAUGUGAGGUUUAGUAUAUUUCGCAGCCAUUUUAUAUUUUAUUUUAAUUUACUCCCCAUGAAAAAAUGAAAUAAUCAAUUUUCCGUUUCAAAAGGCAUGUGCUAAACUUUAAGUGUUUGGGCCCAAGCAGAAACACAUAAAAAAGACUGCCUUAAAACAAUAUGUUGUACGCAGAUUUUAACAGCCUUCCUCGAGGUAAUAAUACGUUAUGGACGGCCAAAAAUAUUAUGACUUCGGCGAGAGAGGGCGCUGCAAUGGAUAGACCUUUGUCUUGUUACCCCUAAGCUUUGCACAAGCAAUUUAGGCAACCAAAAAUCGAUUGCUCUUUAUAAAGGUUCUUGCACAAAAUGCAGGACACAAACGGUCCCCACGGGCCACCAUAUGGUAGAUGUUACUUCUCCAAUGUCAUUGUCAAUUAUUUUGGCAUAUUCACUAGGCAGAUACAACGUUUUAGUACCGUGCAAUACAACAUAGAACGUCAUACCUAUGACCUGCCAAUUUCGGAACCUUAAUCGAAUGAAAAAUGUUUCGACAGUGUUAUCAAUAACGUUUUGUGAAUUCUAAACAAACAAAAUAAUACAACUGAGCUUGAGGUACUUUGUGAAGAAAGAAAAACAACUGAGGAUGGGAACAUAGUUUUUAAGGGGACAGGUUCGGCCUCAGGAAGGGCUUGCAGUUGUUUCUAAACAAUGAUAUACUAAAUAUUUCUUUGUAUAAUAUCCGUCGGCUCGUUAAAAGCCAUGUGUUAUUGAAAUACCGCCCUCUGUGUACCGUUACUUUUCGUUACUCUUAUUUAAUCAGCCAUCGAAUUUGAUACAGGUGUUAUACUUAUUGUUGUAAUCAGAAUUUUUCAUAGUUUGUGCAAAUUUUUACUAAUUGUUACUUACCAAGUCUUUAUUCGAUGGUUUCAUUUACAUUGAACACAAAGCGGAUUCCCGCCCUUUAUUAACUUGACAUAAUAGACAGUGGAUCGUGUCAAACUUUUCUGGACCUAAUCACACAUUUCAUUGUAGGUUGUGAAUAAUUACUUUUGUAAGUCUCAAAAUAACCAGCCUAUGGUCACUCGUUUUCGUAGAGGAAGUCCCCUUGAAAAAGCUGUGAAUGACUGGUCAAACAAACAGCGAAAUCGAUAUCGGGCGCUGUGUCCAAGCAACAUUGCGAGAACUCCUCUGGCAAGGUUUGCCUGGUUAAGUCAGAUUAUGGUGAUUGUGGCAACCAAGACAACAGUUGAAAUGUGAUGUUGCGAGAAAAGUUUAGUUCCGGCUCGCAGAGUCACACACGUCACGAAGGUCUGACUCACCUUUCAAAUUAACGAGGGUAAACUGGUGCAGCUCGGCUUCUUAAAAGGUACAAUGGAGGUAAUGCAAACAGGGUUGGCAAGGGUUGCCUCCAGCAAAUAAUCCCAGUAUUCGAGUUAUGUUUUAAACAUUAGUAAAAUUUUGUUGUCACUUUGAAAUCAAUUUUAUGAAAUUCUGACUUAUUAGCGUUAACACAAAAGGGGAGGGUAGCUCUCUUUUGGGGAGGAAAGCAUCUUACAGAGACAGAUUGACAGUCAGAAGUAGAGAGACCACUUCAGGGGCGUUUUCACGGAAAUUAUCAUUCUAUCCAUUCUUUUCUUUUAUUUGAAUUUUGUUCCUAUAAUCUUUUCUUGCUCAUUUUGAAAACAAUUUCCCAUCAUCCUGGGGCAAGUGCCUCCCGCCUCCUGGAACACCAAUGUUUGAAGAUGUUUUUGAAGAAGUCAUGUGCUCUACAGUCCCCCCCCCCUUUUUUUGCGUUUUUAAUGGCUAUUGCUUAUGCACUGUCUGUCACAUCUGACAGGGUGAUUCAACAAAGCUUUUAGUCAGAUUGGAUUGAAACUUUGCAGAAAUAAUGAUUUUUUUUCACAUUGGCACAAGCUUUCUUAGAAAACUGUCAUCAACUCGUCGGGAUCUGAGGGGGCCGGGGAAAUUAAAAGCGAGGAACCCGUCACUCCACCGAUGUAAGGAGAUCCCAAACGGCUCCGUUUAGAGAAAGGUGGCUGGAAAUACAGGCGCCAAGAGAUAGGAAAAUCUUUUUAACAUGGUUAUUUCAUAUAUAUUUGAGGUAAGAGCAAUGACUGUAAUUGAUAUCAUUUUACAGGAAUAUCUCCGGCGUGUUUUGAGCCUAAUUAAUGAGGACAUCUUUUUAAUAUUGAAUUGCUUCUUUUUUGACUUACGGUGAAGACUCUCAUUUUGUACUAAACUCCCAGCGUCAAGUGGUUCAACUGCGGGCAGGGGCGUGGAAGGCUGGAGUCUCCCGGAUUUAAAAUUUUGAAAUUUAUAAGCUGCAAGUAAUUUGCCUUUAGAGUCCCCUUUGAAAAAAUGUGUGUGCAUCUGUUGUUCCCUCUCCCAGACAUUUCAUCCUAUCUACGAAACUGUUGUGUCUCAAACUCUUGUGACAUGAUAGAGUGUCUAUCAGUGAUUAUAAUGUUUGCCAUUACUUAAUCAACCCGACGCGUCGACUACCUGCUUACGUAGUGGCGUUCACAGAAAUGGCAUGUUCAUUGCGAUUAAACCUUCAAUUUAAUGAGAGAGAGGCAGGUGUGAUUACCAGAAAAGAUCGAGAGCAUGACAUGUAUUGUGUCUUUCGCUCUCUCUGAAACUUCCUCACUAAAGUAACUGAAUCUUCAAUUGGAGUAGUGAGUAGAGAUGAUAAGAAACAAAUGUGUUGAACGUUAGAAAAUAGUUGUGGAUGAUGCUUGGGUUUAAAAAUGUAGUGCUCUGUCAGAAAACAAAUAGAGGGCUUUCAAAGGGCUUGUCGGUUCAUUUUCAGUGUUUCAAAGUGCUUAAUGUGGUUGAGUGGUUGAAGAAAAAAUUUAAAUGACAAUCUUGUUCUGUGAGGAUUGUUUCAUGAAACACUUAACGAAAGAAACACGAGUAUACCUCUUGAAACAAUUGAAAAUUGAUCAUUUUACUGAUGAACCGUAAAUUGGUCGUGUAAGAGAUGAUUCAAAAUUUGGCAGGUGUGUUGAAUUAAUGAGGAGAUUAGUAAAAAGUCUGUGUGACUUGACAACUGACUGCCUACCUGACCAGCAUAGACUGACCAAAAUUGCCCGCAUAACCUAACUGAUGCUUCAACUGACUGACAGACUGACCGGCUGGCCCACGACAACUAACACAAUGGCUCGCUGAUUCCUGCCUUUUUGUCCUACAAAUCCACUGACCACUUGCCGACUGAUUUACUGACCGACCAACUGGCUGAUUCCCUGAACGACUGAUAAACCAAAUGAGAGUCUAUCCAACCGAAAGAGCGGCUCACUGAUUCCGACCUACGAAAUCGAAAAUGUAAUGACUUGCAGACACUUCAACUCACCAAUCUACUAACUGACUGACUCGGACUCAGAAAGCGACAGACUCAGUGGGUGACUCGCUAUUCCAACGACUCCUAGCUGACCCAAUUCUACAUCUACCCGCUGAUUUCAUUGUCUGCUCAGUGAACGAUCUAUGCCGUGAGUAGUUCGCAAGUGGACUAGAGGGUGUGCUCGAGCAAGCUAUUCGUGUUAACAUGAGUAUACUCCUUAGCGCUCAAACAGCUAGAGUACCACCCACGGGGAGGGGGGUAUACUCUUGCACCCGAGUGUAAUGCGCAUCCUGCUCCUGUUAGCUGGAGUAACCCCGGGAACGCACCCACUGACUCGCCUCUUAGACUGGUUCAUUGAUUAGCUGAAAGACCAUCCUACUGACUACCCGAUCGAUUGGUAGACUGCACGUUAACUUCCGCGCUCUCCCCCAAAUGACUGACACAUUCAUUGACUGAACGACUGAAACGGUGACAUCCUUGCUAACCAAACUGUCGACAGACUGACUAAUAAUACCAAUAUUGUCCAAACGCCGUACAGACGUUUCGACGACUUGACUAACAGGCCCACUACCUGGAUGACCAGCAGACGAUCAGAAUGAAACCUUCACAACAUAGGCCUAAUUGAUUAGCAUACGUUUUUGCAAGUUCAAACACAGGGGACGUGACCAGCAGACUGAAUAAAGUAUAAUGCAUAAAGAGCAACAGUUUGGGAAAAAAUAAGCCUAUCGCUUAACUACCGAAGUUCAGCAGAUCAUGAGAAAUAUUCGUACGAAGGUGCGCGAUCUCAUAUACUCACACUUGAUAUCAGAAGUAACGACAACACGUUUUACCAUGUACCACGACAAGCAGUGGUGAGAAUAUUUGAAUGUACUAGAGACGAAAUCAGAACAUAUGAUCCGACAAAGGAUUUUGUGUACCGGGUCCGUUGUAAGGAUCAGAGUAUAUUUUAAUUAUCUUCACGAAUUACAUAAACAUUCUGUUGUCAGAUUGGCCCAAAAUCGCAUAAGUCAACGGAUGUCUGUCUUUCGCAAGGGAUAUUAACUGCCCUUUUGGUCCCGUUUGGGGAUGUAAGAUGUUCCCAGCAAACACCAUUUUAAUUCUCAGAUAUUGGUUACCUCUAUUAUUGGUUUCAUUUUCCAAGAGAUACCCUGCAGCAUUCAAAUAAGACCGUCAACAUUUGCAACUGUAUGUAAUUCUUGCAAAUGGCAAAUGUAUGAAACGUUUGUGUUUUCAGAGGGAACGACAAUAUUGAACCAGUUUAUUACCGUAACGAAAUUAAACAAUGGAGCGUGUGUACAACGAAAUUAAAGCAAAAUAAGCAGCGCAUUCAUCACACUAUGGUGCGAAACCAGAGGGAAAAUAAUUUCAAUUUGACUUGCCUGUGUAGAAAAAAUAAAUAAAAAAUAAAUCCACAUCUCAUUUGUCCGUAUAUUAUCUGCAAAGAAUGCAGCAAGCCUUUUUAAGAGCUUGCAAUAUGUAAUUGUGAUAGGUUGGAUGAAAGAGGUUUUUCCUACGUCGAAAAUAAGGUAAAUAGAAAAUUUCACUUUUCAACGUUUUUAAUUCCGCUCUCACCAACCAGCAACUGCAAAUGUAUUGUUGUAAAUAUUUCGAAAGUUUGUCGUCUGUUUUAUCUCUUGUGAAUUUUCAAUAUUAAACCAACUUAAAUGUAGCUAAUUGAUCAGCACCUUGAAUUCAUUGCUUUUUACGUAUACGUUAAAUGUAAACACUUUUAUCUACUGUAAAAUAGAAUUGAAACAGGAACGUGUAUUGCUAAUUGAAAUAUUCCCAGUGAAAUAGAGAUGCCCAGUACUGUAUUUAAAUCAAAUAUUAGAGAAUUCAGAGAGACGGUGUGGGGUUGUCAGAAUAUAGUUUGUGGGAUUAAAUUGCUUUUCACAUUGUUUCUUUAAAAGCAAAAUCUAUAUUGUAAAUAAUAAUUUCAGGAAAAAAGUAUUCAUAUUCAAAUUUGGCAGAGUCCAAACAAUAAAAUAACAAUGCUAACUUUGAAAAUCAUUAUUGAAAAAACAGGUUUGCUUUCUCUGCUCAUUGCUUAAUUUGAAUUGUUUCACAUCUAUUAUUAAAUUUUGGUGUGUCUAUUUUUUAAUUCUCACAUUAUUACUUUUUGUUUUCCUGCCAUAAUUCUUGUGGGGAGUUUCAAUGGAAAAGUCCUCAAAUAUCUGUGUUUGGCAGCCUUCCGGCUCGUUUUCUCUCUUGACAGAACUUGAAAGGCGAUGUUCUGUCGAUCUCAUAAAUGUGUCAUGUUUUGUGUCAUGUUUGAUAAUAAAUUUUUGGACUUUUUAUAAAUACGCAGGGGUUCUAUAUAGAAUACCUAAAAGCAAAAUAAUAAAGCGCAGCCCCUGCU